GUAAACAAUGGAGGACAGGGUGGGAACAGUACCCAGACAGGGUCCCCCAAGUUCUGUGGACACACACACUCAGAGUGGUCUCCGAUACAAGAGCUGUGAAUCCAGAUAGUUUAUUAUCUGAAGUGUUGACAAACUGCGCUACCACUGCGCUACCGUGGGCCUUAAGCCUACAUCUGACGGGUUUGGAGGAGGAGGAAGGAGGAAGGGGGAAAGGUAGAAACCAUCGGCAAUGUCCGGAAGCACGCGCUGCCCUGUAGUUCGGCCAUCUCCGUACGCGGGCGCGUUUCUUCACAAACCUAUCCUAAAACCACCAUCCUCCCUCACCAUCAAAACACAAACGCACUAGCACACGCGCACCCAUGUGUACGCCGACGAUCGAGCUGCCCAGCACGUGACACGCGACAGCGUCGUCAUCUCCACCAGAAACUACGACAGGCGGAGUUGGCGAGGGACCUCUGGUUUCUUUCUCCCCUCCCUCUCUCUUUCUCUCUUCCCUGUCUCCCUGAGGGUGCCAGAGCGGCUCUGAGAGCAGAGCUGAGAAGAAGACUUCUCUGGAAAUGUCUGCUUGCGGGCAGUUAACUCCAUUUCAUCCGUCGCCUCCUCUAUAACUAGCAGACGCCACACGCACGCGCGCCAUUGACAAGUCUGGCGGAGCACGCACUCUGUGGCGCGCACGCGCACUUGAGAGAGUAGCGGAACUUCACCAGCGUCUAGAAGCGACUGUGGAAACAUUUCAAGUUUGAAGAACGCUUGUGCAACUCUCUUUCUUUCUCUUCCAACCAUCCUUUCUCUCCAUUCACUCUUUUCUUUUGUUUUCUCGUGCUUUCUUUCCGUCGCACUUCAGAAGUUUUUUGAGAGGAGCCAUGACUAGGAUACGACCCUGGAACAUUCUUCUCUCGGCCUUCUUGGUGUCACUGUGCAUCGAUGUGGAUAUGGCCCAGGUCGACGACCCGGUGUGUCCACGUCACGCUGAUGUCGGCAACCGCAAGUGCGCGCGCCGCUGCGAGACCAACGUGGACUGCAAGUCGCGCAAGAAGACCUGCGAGUGUGACGGCGUGUGCGGCCGCAGCUGCGUCAACGAGAAUCUUCGUUGUCUUCCCGUGGUUGUGGACAUAGCCCAUGGCAAGGUGAGUAUCCUCCCUUACAACAAGUUUGGCGCCGUGGCCCGUUACACGUGUGAUGAUGGCUACACCCUCAUCGGACUUCCGCUCAGAGUCUGUCAAGGGGACGAAACCUGGAACGGCGAGGAACCGCGCUGUGAGCUGAACCAUAGGCUGCUCGAAACCUCCCACGAGUGCCACAGCCCUCCCAUCGUCUACCACGCGCAUCACUCGGGCGCCGAGGGUCAGACGAGCUACCAACUUGGUGCUAAAAUCAUCUACCAGUGUGACCCCGGGUACACCCCGAAAAAAGACAGUGUGGACCGAGCUUGGUGCGUGGGUGGCGGAAUUUGGGUAGGACCCAACAUGACCUGCACUAGUGCCACUCCACCUGCAGCCUGCGAGCCUCCCCAACCGAUUCUUAACGGCUUCGUGGAAGCUGUGGCUGCUGGGGUCGGUGCUGGAUCCCAGAUAGAGUACAGGUGCAAAGGCGGUUUUUACCUGGUCGGCAACGAAAUUCGCACCUGUCAGAAAGACGGCACCUGGAACGGGACGGAACCAACCUGCGAUGAAGGUGAGAACAUGGCUUGCGGUCCACCCCCGCACGUGGAGCACGCGGACCAUGACGCUUCCUUAACGCAGUACCGCUUCGCCAUGGGAACCACGCUGACCUACACCUGCAAGUUCGGCUACUACAGGGAGGGCGGUCAGCGCGCCACCUGCAGCGGCAAGGAAGGCAACUGGAUCGGACCUCACAUGACCUGUAAAGCUCGCGACUGCGGAGCCCCGGGCGAGAUCAACAACGGAUGGCGGGACCCAGGGUAUCGCUUCACCUACCCGACCCGCGUAACCUACCACUGCAACGAAGGCUACGAGAUGAGGGGCAAAGGUUACCGAGAGUGCGAGGCCAACGGCGAGUGGUCCGGCGUGUUGCCGUCCUGCGAACCCAUCCACUGCUUGGAGCUGCGGGCACCCCUGCACGGGACGAUGAUCGGGUCUGGCACCACCUACGGUUCCGUCAUCAGGUUCAUCUGUAACGACGGGUUCAAGGUGGUGGGCUCGGCAGAGCGCACGUGCCAGGCCGACCGCACGUGGAGUGGCCAGGAGGCCUUCUGCGAAGGUGCGGCGUCUGCAGAAAUAAACUGUGGCGUACCUGGUCCUAUCUGGAACGGCUACCUGGACGGUCAUCGUACGACGGUUGGUGCAGUGUACUUCUACAGAUGCAACAUUAGGACCAAGUUCCAAGGGGACUCAUUCUCCACGCAAUGUCUCGAGAACGGCCAGUGGUCCUACCCUCCACCACAGUGCCUGGGUCAAUGCCAGGUGCCCGCCAUCAUGAAUGGCACCAUCCUUAACGGUCGGGAGGGAGCUUGGGCCGACUCGGGUACCACCAUCACUCCACAGUGCCUCAACGGCCUCGUCCUCAAUGACACCACGGAGGUCGUCUGCAACAAUGGGUCCUGGAACAUUAUCCCUCGCUGCGUGCCAGCCCCCUGCGACUCGCCUCCUCCACUGGUGGAGAAUGGACACCGGGUGUUCUUCGGGGUACGUCACGGUGAUCGGGCGCGGUACUUCUGUAUCGAGGGGUACAAGUUGAGCAGCGCCAGCCAGCAGUACCUCACCUGUCAGUACGGCGACUGGGUGGGGCCGACACCCGUCUGUGAAGAAAACUACUGCCCCAACCCUGGCGAACUGAAGAACGGGAAGGUGUAUAAGAUCGGGCAGGUGGGCAAGUUCAUCUUCCACGACUUUAUCUACACCAUCAAGCACGGCGACCGCCUGGUCUACGAGUGCGACCGCAACUACCGACUGAAGGGUCCUCGUGGAGCCGCGUGCGUCAACGGCGAGUGGAGCCCCAAGGAGCCCCCCCAGUGCGUGCCUUCCCAGCAUCCUCUCUUCCACAAGCUGUGGAAGCCGUACGAGGAGCAGCAGGCACUGGUUUAUCGCCGCCGUCGAUGACGUUGUUAUUGUUGUUCGUCGUCGACACAGUCGCAAAAAAAAAAAAAAAAGGAACCAACCCCAAACCAAAAUGGACACGUUGGUUUGGAGUCUACAAGCAUGGGAACAAAAGAAAAGAGCGGCUAUCGUUGUAAGGUCGUGACAUGUGUAAGCUCAGGUCACUCGUGUGACCUGGGAGAAAUUUUAAGAUGCGGACAGACAGACAGGUACAGGCAGGUGCGAAACCUUUGAGCUAUCUCGGAACCCUGCUGACUAUCACUUGCGAGUUUUUCUUGUUCCAUCAGUCGUGUGUGUGUGUGUGGAUGGGUGGUACUAGCUUCAGACAGACAAACACACACACACAAAUUAAGAGAGAGAUUGAGAGAGAUAUUGAGAGAGAGAGAAGCAGAAGCACGAAUGUUUUAUAAUGUGUCAGACUAAGAUGCGAACCACGACCAUUGGGAUUCCUUCUCGCACGCCUCAAUGAACAGUGACGUCAUCCACGUCAUCAAGUGACGAAAAAGCUUUGUGGUGACGUCACAGAAGCAGAGGCAACAUGAAUGGCUCGCUGUCCUGUGUCAGACGAUGGCACCAUCCCGUUGCCAUGACGACAGCUGGCGCUAGAGAGCGGAUCUCAAGGUAUUUCACUGAAGGACAGCAGCGAGGCUGCACACGGCACAGGUUGAGCUGUAUCAUCACGUGCUUCUGUUGUAAUGUCAGUAGAUAUUCUUUUGUUAUCGAUGAAUGUGUAAAUAAUGUCUCUAAGGUGUUCGAAUCCCGCUUACUGACCAUCUGUUCUAAAGUCAUUUUUUUGUUUGUUUGCUGAAAACAAAUGCUGUUUUCUUUUUAUUUUUAUUGUUCAUGAACGUUAAGGACUAGUGGAAUGGAAAUUUUUUUUUUUUUUACUCUCCUCGACUUUGUCGUCGCUGACAUUGACAUGGAGAAGCGAUGACAGUCAUUUGACAACACACACACACACACACCAAUAUACAUAAAUAAUAUUCGCAUUCACAUUUGUGUACACAGAAUGCAAACUAGUAUGACCCUUACAAAACACCAGGAUACCUUAAUUCAUCCUUCCUCUCUGUCCCUCCCUUACCACUCUUUGUUUCCUCCCCGUCAUGUGAGUCGCUCUUUUCCCGACUCAGGCAAAUGACAAGAGGAAUGACCCCUGCAGCCAUACUCCUCCCUUCAAAGGCUUCUCGAUGUCAUUCUAAAGGUAAAUUGCUUCUGUAUGUCUGUCGGUGUUUUUAGAAAGUCUCCAUUGUCUACACUGUUAUUCUUACAACUAAAGCUAAAGUGUACAUACAGCGUGCCAUGAAGUCUGACCAACCCACUCUUGCUAUCAACUUAUAAUUUAUUUUUAAAUUUCUUUCCCUUUCAGCACUGUGUGUUUUAAGUUUUGUGUAUCUUUAGCUGCUGCAACGGAAAAGUAGCUUCUGAUGACCAGUUCAGGUCAAUGGACUGAAGUGAGUGGCUCUGUCUAAAAUGUUUUAGUUUAUAUUUUAAAAGACCAACCCUAUCAUGGAUGGUCAAGGGGGUGAGAAAGUUUCUUGCAAAUAAACAUUACAGAAUAUACUGUAUAUUGUUGCACUGUGAAUCUCAGUGGUUUUCUCACAGUCACGACUGCAGUCAUCGAAAUCGAUAUUCUUUUGGCAUAUUUUCACCUGGUGACAACAAGAGUUUGAUGUACCUGCCGACAGAUUUCACCAGGUCCAGAUACGAAUCGAUGUUUGAAUAAAUAACGACGGGACUGAGGUGACAUGAAUGAAGUUAAUCUCUAAAUAACUAAUCAACUUAGACCGGAAAUUAAAAGUAAGUGCAAGGACAUGGGUUCUUUGCUACGUUUGUCUUGUGGACUUUAAACAUUAAUUAGCUCAGACAAAUGUAGGUCCCUUGGUGGCAGGACAGGAUUCAGGGUCAGUCAAUGAUGCGUGAUGGAUCUGGUUUUUUUUUUACAUCAACUGCUAAAAAUUUCUUUUGUAUAUAAUAUCCAUGUCUCCUCCAUGUUUUUCCGACAUUGACUUUGGUCAACUUGACUCGGUGUGGUCAGCAUGGCGAAACAAUAGUUUAGGGACUGUGAAAGGGAGUGUGUGUGUGUGGUGUUUGUGUGUUCAUGUGACCAUGUGGGACCAGCAGUACCAUGAGGAACAGACCCACCACAUGUUACAGGUGUAGCUGCCUCUGUAUGUGCAUCUAGUGCAUGAGGGCAUAGGUAUUAGUAUUGCAGUAUUGCUCUCUCUCUCAUUGCCCCCUCUCGCUGUCUGGUUGGUACCGGUGUCAGAAGGACAAGUCUGUAGUAAGGUCAACCGUGCUGUCAAAACAGUGCAGACUGGCCUGGACAUCACUGCCCACAUUUUUAAUUUCAUUCCACCUUUGGAUGAAAAGAAGACCUGACCACAUGUCAGUACUCACUACUCAUCUCUAAGCUACUCAGCUACUGCAUGCUCAGUCCAGAACAUCUUCAAACGCAAAGCAGAUCAAGAUGGACAUACAUGUCAGUGAAUCACAAACGGGAAAUCCUGUCCAAGACAAAGCAUUAUACUCUCUUGUUUGUAAUCAAUGCAGAAUACUUUACUCACUUAUUCGCAAUUAGAGCAGAACACUUUAUUCAUUAUUUUGUUUGUUUCCAGUCAACUUUACUUGCUGAUUACCAGUACAGAGCACUGUGUUCGAUGCUUCGAAAGAGCUACACGUCAGCUCUACACAUUGUUCUUGUGUUUGCUAUACUUCUGAGGUUCAGUAGUUUAUCAGCAAUGUAAUAUAAGCUUCUGCAUUUUGUGUAGUUCUAUUGUCCAGUUCCUUCAAGUUACUUUGUAGGUCUUUAAGUUCUUUGGUUUAUCGCUUAGAACCAUUUUGUUUUAUUAUUAUUAUUUUAAAUGCGUCUUGCUUUUUGAGCGAUUUUCAAACUGGAACGUAUUUACGCUUUUCAGCAUCUUUAGUAAAAUAUAUUUUUAUUCAAAUCAUUCAAUGGUACGGCCAUGAUGGUUGUGAAGUGAAUAGAGAAUGCUUCGUGCGAAAUCAGGAUUCCAGGAUCCAGAUAAUUGCAAAGCUACAAUUUUCAAACUGAAAUUUUCAGAAGUGUGGUUGUGAUCAAAAAUAUUUUCACUAUAACCUUCACUCACUUCUUCUUCUUAAUAACCAUUUAUAGACUAAAUCGUAUAUAUAUAUAACAUAAUAUUUAAUACAUUGUCUUGGAAACAAACUUUCAUGCCAUUUUUUUCUGCUUGUUAAUGAAAUAGCCAUUAAAACUGAAAUGGACGGUGAAACGUUUUAUUGAAAUGACUGACAAUUGUAUCUCAUGUUCAUCAUUAUACGUGUAUAUUGGAUAAUUUUUCGUAUCCGUGAAAUAUUUGUCUUCGUAUAUGUGUGCAUUUGUCUUGAGUCGGCAGUUUUUCUUAUAAGUUUACAAAUAAAGAUGUCGCUCUGAUA